AUGCCAUACGACCCCACGCUUGUCACCUGGGACGGCGACAACGAUCCGGAGAACCCGCGCAACUGGCCGUCGCGUAAGAAGUGGAUCGUUACCGUGCUCAUCAGUCUCAGCACCUUCGCGUCCAACUUCGGCAUCGCCAACAUGGCGCCCGCGCUGGGCCUCAUCUCGCAGGACUACCACAUGACGACGUCAGUGGAGCGCGGCCUCGUCAUUGCGCUCUACGUGCUGGCCUUUGCCGUGGCGCCGCUGGUGUACGCGCCGUUCAGCGAGAUCUUCGGACGCAAGACGGUGCUCAUGUUCGGCCUCUGUCUCUACCUCGCCUUCAACACCGCCUGCGCGUUUGCGCCCAGCUACGAGGUGCUGGCCGUGUUCCGCUUCUUCGCCGGCUUCGGUGCUUCUGCGCCGCUGGCCGUCGGCGGCGGCCUGCUCACUGACGUGUGGCCACCGGAGCAGCGUGCCACGGCCAUGGCCGUCUUCUCGCUGGCACCGCAAAUGGGCCCUGUGCUCGGCCCCAUCAUGGGCGGCUGGAUCACCGAGCUGCUCGUGGCGUGGAAGGACAUCGUGUACAUCUCCUCGGGCCUCAUCGCGGCGCUGCUCAUCGCCUUCAUCCCCUUCGUCAAGGAGACGUACGGCCCCUUCAUCCUCGCACGACGUGCCGCGCGGCGGCGCAAAGAGGAGAGCAACCCGGAGCUGAGCACGGUGUUCGAGCGCAAGGCCGAGACGCUGCGCAUCAAGCUCGUCAAGGGCAUGGUGGUGCCGUUCGUGCUGCUCUUCCGCGAGCCGCUGCUGCAGAUCCUCGUGCUCUACGUCGGUGUCCUCUUCGCCGUGUUCUACCUGCAGAAGACGACGAUCCCGGCCGUGUACGGCACGGUGUACAAGGAGAAGCCGGGCAUUGCCUCGCUGCACUACCUUGCCAUCGGCCUCGGCCUCAUGAUCGGCGGCGUCAUCGGCGGCCGGCGCACCGACAUGGAGUUCCGACGCCUGACGGUCAAGAACAUGGGCAACGCCGUGCCCGAGUUCAAGCUGUCGAUCAUGCGCGUCUUCUCCUUCUUCCCGCCCGUCGGCCUGAUGCUCUACAGCUGGUCGGCCGACCAGGCGCUGCCGUGGGCCGUCUCCGACCUGGGCCUGUUCAUCUACGCCAUCGGCAUGUCGGCCAGUGUCAUCUCGGCGCAGGCCUACCUCGUGGAGUGCUACGCGCUGCUGGCGGCGCCGGCGCUGCUCGCGUCCGUCUUUGUGCGCUCGACGAUGGGCUUCAGUGCGCCCCUCUUUGGCGAGGCGAUGUACGACGCCCUGGGCCUCGGCGGCGGCGGCUCGAUGAUGGCAGGCAUCUGCUUUGCCGUCGGCGUGCCCACGCCCUUCCUGCUCUUCCGCUUCGGCCCCAUGCUGCGGGCGCGCAGCACCUAUGCUAACCACAAGCACGCCGACUAA